UGGCAGGGGCCAAAACUUCCUCCAGUUACUGGCUCCGGAUCGGUGACGGGGCAAUCGACAGUAGAAACCAAACUUUCCCCAUGCAGCAGGUUGCGACCGUUUGUCGGAUGCGAUGGCCGAGUCGUGAGGGCGAGGCUCAGGGCAGGUGAUCACGCGUUGAUGGCGCCAAAAAAGGUUUCUAGGGUGCAAUGACCGUCCACCGUCACCGUUGGCUGCCAUUGCGCAUUAUGGAGCACCUGGACGAGUACAGUGCCUAUGUGCUCGGUGCUGUGGGUGCAGUGACACUCUACUUCUUGUAUCUGCUGCUUCGAGCAGACGCAGAGGCACAUGUACCGUACAAUGUCACGCCGCCCGAGCAAGCGCAGCCUGGCUGGAGGGGCCAGGCGCUGCAGGAGCCUACGCUGAAGGUCUCCGGCUCAUCACUUAUUCAAUGCUACGCCCCAGCAACUGGCGAAGCCCUCGGGCGCGUCAACCCGUCCACAGCAGAAGGCAUCGACCGCGCCAUCGCCAAAGCCAAAGAAGCACAACUACAAUGGGCACGCACAACUUUCGCCGAGCGCAGGAGGGUGCUCAAGACAAUGCUCAACUUCAUCCUCGAAAAUCAGGAAACAAUCGCAAGAGUGGCAUGUCUGGACUCUGGCAAGACGAUGGUGGAUGCAGCAUUGGGAGAGAUUCUAGUAACGACUGAGAAGCUGCGAUGGACCAUCAGACACGGCGAAGAGAGCUUGAAGAGCGAGCGCAGAGCGACAAACCUGCUCAUGAUGUACAAGUGGAACGAGGUCCUGUACCAGCCCCUGGGUGUCGUGGCGGCGUGCGUCUCCUGGAACUACCCCUUCCACAACCUGGUCUCGCCCAUUAUCGCCUCCAUCUUCGCUGGCAAUGCCAUCAUUGUCAAGGGCUCCGAAGCCACCGCCUGGUCCUCGUCCUACUUCGCCUCCAUCGUAACUCGCGCCCUUGAGGCAUGCGGUCACUCUCCCCAUAUCGUCCAGUCGGUCGUCUGCUGGCCCAACGUCGCCGACCACUUGACAUCUCAUCCCGACAUCAGCCACAUUACCUUCAUCGGCUCUCGACAAGUUGCACACCACGUCUGCGCCUCUGCUGCAAAGUCGUUGACACCAGUAUGCGUCGAGCUCGGCGGCAAGGACCCAGCCAUCCUGCUCGACGACCUGUCAGACAGCGACUUCAAGCGCGUAGCCAGCAUCCUCAUGCGCGGCACCUUCCAAUCUGCCGGCCAAAACUGCAUCGGCAUCGAGCGCGUCAUCGCGCUCCCCAAAGUCCACGACCGCCUCGUCUCAUAUAUCACGCCCAAGAUCCUUGCCCUCAAACCGGGCUCCAUCCUCACUGCCUCCCCAGACACGCCCGUCGACGUCGGCGCCUCUAUUUCCUCCGCCAGCUUCUCCAAUCUUGAAGCUCUGAUCGAGGACGCCGUGAAGAACGGCGCACGCCUCCUCGCAGGCGGAAAACGCUACACGCACCCGGACCACCCACAGGGCCACUACUUCACAUCCACCUUUCUCGCCAACGUAACCGCCGACAUGAAAAUCGCCCAACAAGAGCUCUUCGCCCCGGUCUUCCUGCUCAUGCGCGCCUCCUCCGUCUCCAACGCCAUUGACAUCGCAAACAGCACCAUCUACGCCCUCGGCGCCAGCGUAUACGGCUCCUCGUCCGCUGACCUCGAGCGCGUGGUGCGCGACGUGCACGCCGGCAUGGUCGCCGUAAACGACUUUGCUGUCACGUACAUGGUGCAACUGCCGUUUGGUGGUGUCAAGGGGAGCGGGUACGGGCGGUUUGCGGGUAAGGAGGGGUUGCGGAGUUUGUGUAACAUGAAGGCUGUGACGAGGGAUCGUUGGCCGGGUGUCAAGACUAGUAUUCCGCCGCCUAUGGAUAUCCCACUCGAGGGAAGCGGGGCGGGGCAGAAGGCGUGGAAUAUGGCGCAGGGCAUCGUUUGGCUGGGUUACGCUCCAGACUGGCGAGGGAAGCUGAGAGGGCUGAGGGGGAUUGUAGGUCUGUGAUCUUGGCGCGAGGUGGAGUGGUUGUUUGCAGAGUCAUAUAGAUCGGUAUACCCAACGUCGCA